AUGACUGUCGACACAAGAACCAAUGUUAUUGACCUAGUGGGAAAUACCCCAAUGGUCGAGCUUACAAAGCUUCCUGCAGCUUUGGGUGUCAAACCUAGAGUUUAUGCGAAGUUAGAACUUUACAACCCCGGUGGAUCCAUUAAGGAUAGAAUUGCAAAGAGCAUGAUCGAGUAUGCCGAGGCUGCUGGGGAAAUUCAUCCCGAUAGAACUACAUUGAUUGAACCAACUUCGGGAAAUACUGGUAUUGGUUUAGCUUUAAUCGGUGCUAUAAAGGGCUAUAGAACUAUCAUUACUUUGCCUGAGAAGAUGUCGAAUGAGAAGGUGUCCGUGUUGAAGGCCUUGGGUGCUGAGAUUGUUCGUACUCCCACUGAAGCCGCUUGGGAUUCUCCAGAAUCUCAUAUUGGUGUUGCCGAAAGAUUACAAAAGGAAAUUCCAGGUGCAGUUAUUCUGGAUCAAUACAAUAACCCAAGAAACCCUGAAGCACACUACCUAGGAACUGGUAAGGAGAUUCAGGAUCAAUUGGAAAAAUUGGGUAAAUUUGACAGUCUAAAGGCUGUUAUUGCCGGUGCUGGAACUGGUGGUACUAUCUCUGGUAUUUCCAAAUGGUUAAAGGGUAAGAAUGAGGACAUCAAGAUUGUGGGUGCAGACCCUGUGGGAUCUAUCCUUGCUCAACCACAAUCUUUGAACGAAACUUCGGCUCCAGGUUACAAAGUGGAAGGUAUUGGUUACGAUUUUGUUCCAAACGUUCUUGACAGAUCCUUGGUUGAUGUUUGGUACAAGACUGAAGACAAAGCUUCUUUCAAAUACGCUCGUCAGUUGAUCUCGAACGAAGGUGUCUUGAUUGGCGGUUCCUCGGGUAGUGCAUUCACUGCUUUGCUGAAGUAUGUAGCAGAGCAUCCUGAGUUGACUGAAGACGAUGUCCUUGUUGUUGUCUUCCCAGAUUCCAUCAGAUCCUACUUGACCAAAUUCGUUGACGAUGAAUGGUUGAAGAAGAACGAUCUAUGGGAUGACGAAGUCCUUGCACGUGUCAAGCAGACUUCCACUGUUACUAAGAAAGAUCCAUUCAACGGUGCUAAGGUUCAGGAUUUGCAUUUGAAGCCUGUGGUCUCUGUUAAGGAAUCUGCCAGCCUCGCAGAAGUCAUUAAGAUCUUGAAGGACAACGCAUUCGAUCAAUUACCAGUUUUAACGGAAGAUGGUAAAUUGAGUGGGUUGGUCACAUUGUCGCUAUUGUUGAGGAAAAUCUCUAACGGUACGUCAAAGGAUGAUAGCAUUAAGGAUAUCUACUUCGACUUCAAGAAAUUGAACAACUUCGAUCAAGUCUCCUCUUACAAUGAGAACAAAUCUGGUAAGAAGAAGUUCACCGUCUUCACUAAUGGGUCGAAGCUUUCGGAUUUGAACUCUUUCUUCGAGAAGAACUCUUCCGCAAUUAUUACCGAUGGCUUGAGACCAGUUCACAUUGUCACUAAGAUCGAUUUGUUGAACUACCUUGCUUGA